CGAGACUGAGAAUUCCAGCAAAUGGCGCAGAAACUAACCUCCCUGGCCGGGCUAGUGGCCCUAGUGGCAGUUGUUGGAGCUGUUCCGGCACAGAAGUAUGCACCCGGCAUCGAGAUAAUGCCGGCCGCAAAUCCCCAGAAUGGCCAGCCGAAUUACAUCGUCGUCGACAAAGAUAAUACGCAGACCAGCUCUAACUCCCAAGGAUCGGGUGACUAUCCGGAUCCACAUGAGACCCACGGAGCUUCUUCACCAUCGACAUCUGGCUUCCCAAGCACGCAUCAUUUCUCGCAACAACCCCAGCAGUUCCAGCAUACGAUGAAUCCAUCGACAUCUGGCUUCCCAAGCUCACAACAUUUCUCGCAACAACCACAGCAGUUCAGGCAAACGAAGAAUUAUCAAAGGCACACUCCGGACGGUGUUGAGUACGGAACGCAAAGCGAAUUUCGCUCCAUCCAGCAAUCGCACGGUCCGGUUGUGGGAAACCACGUGCUGCCAGGACCCCAUCGUCCGGCGCAAGGACAUAACCACCAGAUAGUAGCGAUGCAUGGUCCGGUGGUGACACACCAUCAACAUUUUAUGUCCGAUGAUUUCUCCGAUGGGGAACCGUCGUUCUAUCAGCAACGUGUAUUCGGAACGAACAGCAAUCACUUGUCGUCGAAUGACCUGCCGCUGCAAUUUUUGCGGGUUCAAUAAGUAAAUGUCCUGCGAGGAUGAGGCAUACUAGCUGGAAAUAAGUAUUUCUUUGAAUUUGAAACUUUUUUUUGAAGCACGUUGGACUUGUAAAAACAAUACACGAGACAGGUUUUUGGU